CUAAAAAAAAAAUACACAACAAAAAUCUAACUAAAUUUUUUCUCUUCUUUCUUCUUCAUCCAUAAUACCAUUUGUUAAUUAUUCUUUUUCCUCUAAUUAGAGGCCAUGGAUACCAUUGUAACGCACCGAUACUAUCGACCAGCUUCAAGGAUAACAAUUUUUGCUUAUAUUUUUGGCGUUAUAGCUGCGAUUCUUAUGCUUGUUUGGUUGUUGCAUUAUCGUGAAGGCGUUGAUCUCGAUUCAUACGAUCCUAAUAAGAUUUUUAAUGUCCACCCACUCUUGAUGUUCUUGGGGUUGGUUUUCUUGUCUGGUCAAGCACUUAUGGCAUACAUGACAGUGAGAGCAGAGAAGAAAGUACAAAAAAUUGCACAUUUUUUACUUCAUUUAUGUGCAAUUAUUCUGGGAAUUGUUGGAUUACAUGCUGCAUUCAAGUACCAUGAUAGAAGGGGUUUGAGAAACUUGUAUAGCUUUCAUUCAUGGAUAGGCAUUGGCACCUUCUGCCUUUACAUUUUACAGUGGGUGAUUGGACUAUGUAUGUACAUGUUACCAUACACAAGAAGAGAAACAAGAGCAGUAAAUUUACCAUGGCACAUAUCUGGUGGUAGAGCAAUAUUCUACAUGAUAAUUGUUACAGCAUUGACUGGAUUAAUGCAAAAAUCAACAUUUUUGCAACUUCCAUUAUUUUCUGGAGAAUCAAUUUUGAUUAAUUUCCUUGCAAUUUUCAUCCUACUUUUUGGUGUUACUGUUGAUUUUUCUGUUUCUCUUGGACGUUAUGCAUGAUAAUUAUUUGUUAAACAUAAUUAAAUUUCAUAUUAUCAAUCAAUUAAUAAGUACUUUUAUACUCUAGAGGAGUGAUGUAUUGAUGGGGUGAUGUUCUUUGUAUAAUUUAUUUUUUGGGGGGUUUGUUUUUC